CACCGUAUCUUUACUAUAACACAAUGAGGCUGUAAUGUGAGCGGCGGGCGAGACUAGAGCAUCUUCUCUGGAUCACUGAGCCUGUGUAUGGAUUUAAUGAUGAUGAAAAAGAAGAAAUUCAAGUUUAAGGUGGAUUUUGAGCUGGACGAGCUCUCGUCGGUCCCCUUUGUCAACGGUGUCCUCUUCUGUAAAGUGAGACUGCUGGACGGCGGGUUCUCAGAGGAGUCUUCUCGAGAGCAGGUGCAGGCCAACUGUGUCCGAUGGAGGAAACGAUUCUCUUUCCCCUGCAAGAUGAGUGCCAGUGCAGGGACAGGUGUCCUCGAUCCUUGUGUGUGUCGCGUGUCUGUCAGAAAGGAGCUCAAAGGUGGGAAAGCAUAUGCAAAGCUUGGUUUUGCAGAUCUGAAUUUAGCAGAGUUUGCCGGCUCAGGGAAUACAACCCGCAGAUGUCUGCUGGAGGGCUACGAUACCAAAAAUACUCGCCAGGAUAACUCCAUUCUCAAGGUCAUUAUCAGUACACAGCUCAUGUCUGGAGAUCCCUGUUUUAAAACGCCUCCCUCCACAGCCACAGUGAUCGGGAUCCAGGGUGAUGGAGAGAGCCUGCUGGAGGAGAGGAGGGGAGGGGACUCACAGAAAGGCUGUUCUGAAAGUCGAGAAGGAAAGUGUCCUGUUGUCUCUGAUGAUCUUGGGGGCUGUGGCCAUUCCCGAACAUCCAGUUACGCCAGCCAACAGUCCAAACUCUCAGGCUACAGCACAGGUCACUCCCGCUCCUCCAGUAUGUCAGAGUUCAGCCACCGGAGAAACCAUUCAGUAGGCAGCGCCUCAACGGGCAUCGGCAGCAUUCCAGAGCCCAGUGAUGACCGGGACAGAGAGUCCAGACCCUGCCCUGCUUUACCUGAGCACCCAAACCCCACCGCCACCACUAGCAACCCAGCGGGUACACCUGUGCGGAGCGCCUCGUCCUGUGAACGACUCAACAGACACCCAGUGAAGCAGGACUCCAUGGAGUCUCAGCUGAAGAGAAUGGAUGACACGCGGGUGGAUGCUGACGAUGUUGUUGAAAAAAUUCUCCAGAGUCAAGACUUUACACCAAGCCUACUGGACUCGAGUACUGAAGAGGAAGGACUGCGUCUGUUUGUCGGCCCUGGGGGAAGCACAGCCCUUGGGAGCCAUCACCUUCCCACCAGGGUUGGUGCUGGAGCGUACGAGCAGGUAGUGAUGAAGCGUUAGACCUGCAGCCACUCGGAGGUAGACUGACACUGCUUACAUCAAAUAACCAGAGGCGAGGCUGUGUCAAAUUUAAUCUGCAUUCCUACAGCACACACAUUACCUGAUGAGCACCGUGUCUGAUCUGAUCACUUCAUGAACUGUUAAUAUUACAACAGUGCCCUCCUAUGUCCAUAUAGGUCCUACAGGACACUGUAGCUCCCUGGUAGAGCUUAAAGAGAAAGAGGUAAACUGUUUCAAUAUUGGUUUAAAAGUACUGAUUAGAGUUAAGAGAAAUGAAACACUUACCAGCCUGUUUAAAUAUUAACAUUUACACAACUGAAACUCCUCAUUUUCUGGGUGUAGCUUAGCCUCAUCUUCUUGAGGUCAGCAUCCAAAUUCAACCAAUUUAAACUGUUAGAAACUGGAAGAAAACGUUAAAUUAUUCUCUGUUAUGGAGGACAUCAGGACAGGCUGUGUGUGUGCAUAAUCAGACUGAACUGAAAUCUACGCUUCAGUGCGCUUUCAAUACAUUCCUUUAGUCUCUCAGUGUUUGUGUCGGACUUCCUUUUCAAAUAGGAUGUUCUGUUUAAUAUUUGCCUAUAAGCUGCUAAAAAGCUGUAGUUGUAUUCUGACAUACAUUGGUGUUUUGAAGUCGAGAGUAUUUUACUACAAAGACGAGGCAUCAGAUCUGAGCUAUUUGACAAGUGAAUGGUGACUGUGUGUGAAUGUGUAUGUCUGCCUUGUGGCAAGACCAUUUUUAUGAAGUGUUAGCUGUUAUCUUGGAUGAUUUGUGGGAUGUGACACGAUCUCUUGUGAGGAAUGCUAUGUUGGUACUUGAAAAGAGAAAAUUGGAGAAAGUGACAAUGUGCUGACUUUUAUCAUUUGAGGUUCUUGUUAUUUUGUUGGGCUCACUGCUGAGCGUUGUUUUAGAAAAUCACAAAAAACAAAACAAAAAGGGGCUCCUAUGAUGACCAUUACUAUAGAAGGGGAUAUAUCUAAAUUUCAGCUAUGUAUCUUGUAAACCUACGCUUUGCAACUUAACUACAUCUUUCUGAGCUGACCUGUUGAUCAGGACACUCACUAAACAAAUGGAAGAUCCUGUGAAGUACUAACAAUUUAAUGUGUAACUGAUGCAUACUGUUAUUUGUUUCACUGAAGGAUUGUAAAGUGAAAGACUAGUUAAGUAACCUACUGCCAUGAAGAAAAUACUCAACAGCACCUGUUUUUAUAAACACCCAGAGUAAUAAGUUUGUGUGUGUAUCUAUACCUCCUAACAUCAACGGCAAAAUUUAAAAACAGACCCUAGCAAGUAAAAUUAACCAACACAAUUCAUAGCUGAAUGAUUGGCGAAUCUAUUCCCAAAAGGAAUAAAGUGCGCAAUUUAUUCCCUUUAUUAGCAAAAUACACAACACAUUGGUAUUACCUUGGACCCGGCAGGCCUAUGCAUUAUAUAAGACACAUUGUAACUGGUGAAAACAGACUGUACAGUAUCUGUAGUCUUCUGUCUCCUGUCAUAAGCCAUAGUAGAGGUAGGAUACUUCCUCUUCUGGAAAAACUGUAUACAUGUUAUAUCAAUAUCUGCACAAGCGUCAUCAGUGUAUGGUGUUUUAACUAUACGUCAGUGUUCUCUGUUUCAUUGUUCGUUUUCUGUUUUCUUCUUCGUUUUGUACGUUCUGCAUGGUCAAGACAUCCUUUUGUUAGCUUGCAGAACUUCACGUCUUUCCUCAUUUGAUAUUGUGCCAUCUUUUAAUCUUAAUAUUUCCACUUUGAAGGAACAGUUUCGCUCGCCUAAUUAGCACGUAGGAAAUCAUCGUUCUCAUUACUUCCUGUUCAAAGCAGGCGUAUGCUCAGUGUAUGAUGUAACUGUAAAUCAGUGUUCUCAUUUUGUGUUUUUAAUUUUGUGGCAUGUUUAAAAUGUCCUGUAAAAAAUAUCAUAGUCUUUGUUUUCUGACUAUUUCACUGCAGAUAUUGUGCCAUAUUUUUGCUAAAUAUUUUAUUGUUCAAAAGUGUCCUCACUACAUAGUUACGACAGUGUUAAGUGUAUGGUUUAUGGCUACCAAAUAUCAACUUUUUUUGUUUGUUUUUUGUUUUGGGGUUUUUUGAUUAA